AUGCUCUGGUCCCCGCUCCUGUGGGUAAUGUUGGUUCUGGACCUUGGGGGCACAGCCUCGGCGCUCUCCACCUGCCAAACUUUGGACCUGGAGGUGGCCAGGGCCCGGCGGGUAGAGGCCAUACGAGGACAGAUUCUCAGCAAGCUGCAGAUGGCGGCCCCUCCGGAAGAGGAGCAAGGGGUGCCCGACCAGCCGCCCCCUGAGGUGAUGCUGCUUUACAACAGCACCCGCGAGCUGACCCGAGAGCGAGCGGCCUGCGAAGGGCGGAGCAGCAGCGAGGAAGAGGAGUACUAUGCCAAGGAAGUGCGGCGGGUGGACAUGUUGCCCCCCGGGCAUGCUGACAACACCAUUGCGAGCACCCAACCCAGCCCUUUCUUCCGCCUUCUGCGCUUCGACGUCUCGGGAGCUGAGCCCAACCUUAGCAGCCUUGUUCAAGCCGAGUUGCGCGUCUACCGGGUGCCGAAUCCCCGGGCACGAGCCACGGAGCAGCGGGUGGAGCUGUAUCAGGUGAUCCAGGCAAGAGAGCCCUCUGCGCCAACCCAGCGUUACGUGGAGAGCCAGACGCUGCGACCAACAGAUCGGGCUGAGUGGGUGUCGUUUGAUGUCACUGACACUGUCAGCCAGUGGCUGGAUAAAAGAGAGAGAAACCUGGGCCUGAAACUGGGGGUGCACUGCCCUUGUUGCACUUAUGUCCCCGCUGGAAACACAAUUAACCCCAAUUACAGCGAAGAGCUGGAAGUGCGCUUUGCAGGCCUGGAUGACGAUCUCAUCAAGGAAGCCUGGAAAGGACGUGCACGACCCCCAGACCUCAGCGGCAAGGCCCCACACCUGAUCCUCACGCUGCUGCCCCCGCACCGGCUGGAGCCCCCUCCAAAGGGGCGCCGCCGUCGAGCAGCCAACGCUCCUACCUGUACCAGGAAUACGGACCAGGGUUGUUGUCUUCGCACCCUGUACAUUGAUUUCCGCAAAGAUCUGAAGUGGAAAUGGAUCCACCAACCAAAAGGCUACAAAGCAAAUUUUUGUGCUGGGACCUGUCGCUACGUAUGGAGCACGGACACACAGUACAACAUGGUGCUCCCUUUGUAUAACAAACUGAACCCCGAAGCCUCAGCUGCCCCUUGCUGCGUCCCUCACGAACUGGAGCCCUUGACCAUCCUCUACUACGUAGGCCGUUCUCCCAAGGUGCAGCAGCUCAGCAACAUGAUUGUGAAGUCUUGUCGUUGUCGCUGAGG